AAAGAGAUGAGUUUUCAGUCUGCGCCGGAAGGUGUGCAAGCUAUCUGCUGUCUUGAUGUCAAUGGGGAGCUCAUAAGUUAUAAGUUUUGUUUUCAUUAAGUGCCUGAAACAGCCUAUGCACAUUUGUCAUUCACACAGUCUUUAACACGCUCAUACAACAGUAGGUCAUCAGAUAAUUGAUUGAGGUCUCAAACUUUUGUUUGUAAUCAGCCGAUAUUCUCAGUAAAUAUGAAGGUUCUCUCUCUUUAUGAAACAGUGAAGUUGCCCCUAGCAAUCAUUGGACUGUCUUUUAAAUUAAUUUAGCAAAAUAUGGUCUGAUCUUGGAUCAUGGUUCACGAUGGCCAACAUCAGCUAAAAGUUCUGAAGGAAUUCAGUCUGGAGUUUUAUCUAAAGAGCCAAUUAACUGGUCUACAGUGUUUGAGAGAGCACUUUUGUUAACGCUACCUUUAACUACCCUGUCUGACUCAGCUGACCCUAAGCAGUGCUGAUCAAAAGCAUGACUACUGUUAUGUUUGUCAGGUUAUCAUUAACCUAAUACUCUUGCUGUCUAUAAAUGAUCAACUUCAAAAGUUACUCCUUCUUCAGUUUAUGAAUUCAUCCAAUUUACUGAUUAACAGAAGUUGAAUCUUGAAUGAUCAGCUCUCUUGUUGCUCAUUGGCUGUCUCGUUUUUAUUGCAGGAAGUUCCCUCUGAGGCAGGGAGUGUCUGCAUAUAAAAUGGUCUGCAGUUCACUGCUCCAUAGAUGCCACCUAUUCCACCUCGAGCCCCUUGGCCUCCUCCUCCCUGGCUAUGGGAGCCCCGUCCUCUGGCUCUUCUACCUCCUCCUCAGACCAUCUCAAGGCCCCCCAGCAUCUCCACUCCACUGGAGAAGAUGGAGCUGCAGAGAUUCAAGGUAUGGAGGGUGCUGUGUCGGCCCCCAGCAGAGGAGCAAACACUGCAGCAGGAGACAUAGGGUCAGCAGUGUUGUCAGGGCCAGGAGUCCAGCAGCCUCAGAACACCCCGUCCAAACGGAGGCCUGUGUUGAACAUAUCCCCCCCGCCCGAGGACCUGUUUGACGACAGCCAGAUGUCCUGCCAAGAGGAGCCUUCAGUGUCCGCUCCAACGGGUCCAGACUCGGAGCAUAGCAGCAGCAUGUGGGCCGACGACUCUGUCUCCAACUUCAGCUUGAUCAGCUCCGUCUCCUACAACGACAACACAGAGGUGCCGCGCAAGUCUAGGAAACGCACCCCCCGCCAGCGGCCUGGGCCCAAACCUGCCCAUCCAGAGGACAGCAUGGACGUGUUCGAUGCUGACAGCGCAAAGGCCCCUCACUUUGUCCUGUCCCAGCUGGGCACAGACAAAACCAGUCCCAGCUCUCUUGAGUCAGGAACUGCAGUGAAGGGUGGGUCACUGUCUACUCAGUACCCCCAGAGGAGUGAUGGGAAGGAGCUGAAGAUCCUGGUGCAGCCAGAGACCCAGCACAGAGCUCGCUAUCUGACCGAGGGCAGCAGAGGUUCUGUCAAAGACCGCACUCAGCAGGGAUUCCCCACUGUCAAGUUGGAAGGUGUGAAUGAACCAGUUGUGCUACAGGUGUUUGUAGCAAAUGAUGCCGGCAGAGUGAAGCCUCACGGUUUCUACCAGGCAUGCAGAGUAACAGGGCGCAACACCACUGCCUGCAAGGAGGUGGACAUUGAAGGCACCACUGUUAUCGAGAUCCCUCUGGAGCCCAGCAGUGAUAUGACACUCGCGGUGGACCGUGUAGGAAUUUUGAAGUUGCGUAAUGCAGACGUGGAGGCCCGUAUCGGUGUGGCAGGGUCCAAGAAGAAGAGUACACGAGCCAGGCUGGCGUUCAGAGUCAACAUCCCCCAACCUGAUGGAUCCAUCCUUACUCUACAGGUCACCUCUUCACCCAUCCUCUGCACCCAACCAGCAGGAGUGCCAGAGAUCCUGAAGAAGAGUCUUCACAGCUGCUCAGCGAGAGGAGGAGAUGAAGUCUUUAUCAUCGGAAAGAACUUCCUCAAAGGAACCAAAGUUAUUUUUCAGGAGAAUAUUGCAGAUGAUAAUUCCUGGCAAGCUGAGGCUAAGAUUGACAUGGACCUUUUCCACCAGAACCAUUUGAUAGUGACAGUCCCUCCGUUCCAAAACCAGUCAAUCGCUUCUCCCGUUUCUGUGGGAAUCUACGUGAUGACCAAUGCUGGUAGAUCACAUGAGGCCCAGCCCUUCACCUACACUCCAGACUCAGCUGAUAACUCAGAAGUCCGGACAAUAAAAACAGAGGGACCCUCUCUAGUCAGCACGUGUAUAUUUGAUUGCCAGAUCAAAUCUAUAUCUUCUGAGCAAACUGACAGCUCUGCUCCUCCUUCCAAACGGCAAGAGGACACACCAAUGGAAGUGUCUAGCAAUCCAACUCCCACAGAUGUCUUUAAGCCAUCCCCUGACCCUCUUGUCGUGGUGCAGCAGACACUGGAGCUCAGCUCUAACCCUCAUCCAGGUGGAGAGUCCUUUCAGAGCCCAAUGCCCCUACAACCUGAAGACGUGGAGCUCUCCCAGGUGCCCCCUGUCUUUCCUAGCCUUGAGUCUCUCAGCCCCAUACAGAAGCAAGACAUUACCCCCACAACCUCGUUCCCAGUGCAGGGCGAUACCACAAUCCCCCCUGUAACACCAGAAGUCCCUCAGCAAUUUCUCAGAGAUCCUCAGGACAGCGUACCUCCUGAGAGUUCCAAUAGUAGCGGCGGGGUCCUAGUCUUGGCCAUGUCCCAGAUAGCGACUCCCUCUCAGCCCCAGCAGUCACAGGUACCCCUAUUCCCCCAGGAUGGGGUGACCCAGCUGGAGAGGGCAGUAAGGGAGCUACAGGCGGGAGGAAACACCACCUUCCAGCAAGUGUUGGAGGCGGCUGUAGCCCAGCAGCAGCUCAACUCUGUGCUGUACAGCCCCACCCCCUCUGCAGACACCCUCCAGCAGCACGUCCAGGAGAACAUGAAUAGCCUUAGAUUGGGAAACACAGAUAAUACACUAUCAACACAGCUACAAAUACAACAGCAACAGCAGAUGCAACAACAACAGCAGAUGCAACAACAACAGCAGAUGCAACAACAACAACAGAUGCAACAGCAACAACAGAUGCAACAGCAACAACAGAUACAACAGCAGAUGCAACAACAACAAAUACAGCAACAGUUUCAACAGCAUCCACACCUGCAGCAACAUCAAAUCCUUGGUACCCUUCAGCAGCAAGGUCUUAGUAACAUGCAGAUCCAACAACAGCUUCUAUUACAGCCACAAGAGCAGCAGCACAUUAUAGACAAUAUUCAGCAGCAGCAACAUCUGCAGCAGAAUCAGCAACAGCAAGUCCUCAACAGCAUCCAACUUCAGGAUCAGCAACAACAAAAUCAAAUACUUACCAAUUUACAGCAACAUCAGCUACAGCAGCAGCAGCAACAACAACAACAACAACAAAAUCAAGCGUUGAGCAACUUGCAACAACAACUGCAGGAGCAGCAGGUGUUGGAGAAUUUACAGCAGCACCUUCAGGCGGAGUUGCUUCAGCCCCAAAUCCACUCCGCUCCCCAGGUCCAGCAGCCAGUGUCCCUGCUUCAACAGACUGGAGAGCUGCUCACCAUUCAGACCAGCUUCCCAACACAGUCCCCCUCCCACACGUCUCCCCCACAGCAGCUCUUUCAAUCGCCGCGGCCCCUCGCUGAGACCCAGAGCUCCCAACAGCAGGUCCAGGCUGCCCUGCUCCAGAACACACUGACAGUUCUGACCAGUGGCAGUCUCAGCUCAGUGCAGCAGCCUACAGGGUCAACUUUGUACCUGUCUCCAAACCCUCAGCCCCAACAACAGCAACCACAGCUGACAUUCAUCUCCUCCAUGGAGACCUCCAACAGCCAGCCCCAGUCUGUCGCAAUGUUUCAGAACCAACCCCAAGCUCAGCUUUCCCAGAUGCAGCAGCAGAGCACCCCAAUGGAGCAGCAGCAGUCUCCACAGCAGAACCAACAACAGCAACCGCAGCUUCCAAUGGGCCAGCAGGGCUCCCUGUUCCAGAGUAUCCAGAACCACUCCCAGCCUAACACCGUCCCUCAGAGCCAGCUGUCCCAACCCCAGCAGGCCGGUCUCUUGCUCUGCACCACAGAUCUUAGCCCCCAGGCUAUUCCCCCAACUAUUCUCUUCAGCACCCAGACACAAAGCCCUUCCCAGAUGGGGAGCAUUAGCGUUGGAAUCCAGCUGCCUGACCCAGCAGAGCCCAUGUCCUUCCAGGACCAGAGCUCCUCAGGCGGAGGAAACGUGUCCUCCGCUGAGAACCGGCAGCAAAGCCUGUUCCAGGAACAGCAGCCAAUGCAAGUGGGACUAAGUUCCAGCAGCGUGCAGAGCAGUCAGCCUGUGGAGCUGUUCCUGCCUCAGACCUCUCUGUCCAGCCUGCAGAGCUCUAUUGGCUCACAGGAGCUGAACAACCAGACUCCAUCCCCUGGCACAACCAUCUUUGUGGUCCAGGGCAGUGUGGGGGUGGUAGCCAGCCCUGGCCAGCAGCCCCCGGAGCAGCUUUUCCAGACAACAGUGGGUGGAAAUGUGGCUCCACAAGGACAGGCCAACCUGUUUGUGUUUGGCAUCCAGAAUGACUCGCCCCAGCUGCUCAGUUCCUCCGGACCCACCCUCGCUGCUCAGGGCCCACCUCAGAGCUCCAGUCACAUGCAGCCUCUGUUGGACCAGCCAAUGGGACAAGCUGCCUCCACCAUGCCACCUAACAUGCAUGGCAGCUUACAGAGCACCCUUCAGGCCCAAAUGCAGUCAAGCUUAGAGAGCGCCAUGCAGACAAACACACAAACAACUCUGCAGUCCAGUUUACAGGCAACCAUAGAGACAAGCCUGCCGACUCCAAUGCAGACCAAUCUACAGACACAGAGUAGCUUACAGAAUCAAUUGCAGGCUUCAAUAUCUGCAUCGUCUAACAUGGAUAAAUUUGAGGACAUACUGGAAAGCCUACAAAAGCAGUGAAAAGUGUUUAAACAUCCCUACAUUGACCAGAGUGCGUGGUCUAUGGUGUUUUGUGCAAAUGCCACAACAUUUAGAAAACAAUUAGAUAUUUAAUAAUGAAAUGCCCCUUUACCUAAAACCUCAAUUAUACGCUCUUGCAAUUAUUUGUAUUGAAUAUUUAUAAUUAUUAGAGCCUUCAUACAUCCAUCGUCCUUGAAUCAAAGAAUCCGCCUUUGUUAUUACUCCUCUUGCAGGAUCAGAGAGGCCUGUAAUAACUGCUUUAUCCAUCAGUCUCAGAAAUGCAGUGUUUUGUUGUUAGUGUUUUUAAUAAUAUGAGUCUAUGAGAUGAUGAUAAAAAACCUACCAGGUUUGGUGGAGAAACUGGAAAGGGAUAAAGAAUGUCAGCAACAGGGAAACGGGAAUAGUAUUGUCAGAGUAGGCGGAGCAGAUUAAAACAGCCAGCGAUGAAGUGAAUAUCAGAUUGUGUCAGAUAUAAACUGAAUCUCAUUUUGUGAGUGUAAAGACUUCAAGCUCAAUAUGAGGGGAAGAGAUGUGUUUUUGUCUGUUCAUCAUGUGAAUAUCAUUUACCUGGCAUAACAACAGGGAUGAAAUAUUGUCGCCACUCAAUUUAAUCUAAUGACAUGACAGGAUAUUUUGCAGUUAAUUAGACCCUGGUUUUGCACAUGUCAUCAAUUUGACUACUCUAAGAGUAGAGACUGACAAAUUAAGUACAUUUGUAGAAUGUUUGCCUCCAUAAUAUGUGCUGCACAUGAGCAGACUCUAGUAGAAGAGAGUUUGAGCAUUGAUCGACUCCACAAAAAAUAACUCGCUCACCAAAAUGGUGAUCAGUCAAUACAUUCUGGUAUUGUAGGGGGUUCCCCCAAAAAAUAAGAGGGCCUAUCAAACACACUCAAAUGAGAUUCAGCCUUGUGAUAACUGUGACUUGGCUUUUGGUUCUGGCACCUCCCAGUGUUUUCAUAGGUCAAGGUGUCAAUACUGGGCUUGCAGAAGCUUUUUGGUCAAAUUUUAAGAAGCAUUCAACUAUGUAGUGUGUGUAUAUAUUUUUUGUUUUGAAAAAUUGGUAACUUUUACCAAUUUAAUGUGGAUAGAAAGAAACGUUCCACUUGUGAAAAUGGAGUGUUGUGUGGUUUUAUAAACAUUUUAUCUCAAGCACUUUAUAACCUCUAGAUAAUCCUUAUAUUCGUCCACAGCUCUCUACUGACCCAGCUGAAUUUGUACUCGGAACUAUCCAGUUAAAAAAACGAAAAAAGUAACACAGCCGUUGUCUUUGUAAAGGUAAAUACAUCUUAAUCAAGCAUUUUUACAUUAUUUUUUAGGUCUAUGACAACUUUGUAUAGGAUGUCUACUCACUGUUGAAUUCCUCUUUGUAUUCAGUCUCAGUGGUCCAGUCUAAACAAACAGCCAUUCCCACAAAAGCAUUGUCAAUUUUCAGUGUUGGGAGUGGUAAGUAGGCCUUUGUGUUUUACACACUGACACAACACCCUAAAAUACUGAUUUGUUUUAGUUAGUCCAUGAAAUGAAGGAGUUUUCAUCGUAUUGUUAUUUGUACUAUUUACUGUCCAAUCUGUCACUUGAGACUGUUUUACCUUGUGUUGUGUUAGAUAUUUAAGUUUUCGUCUCAGUGGUACCGUGUGAAGUUGGCAUCCAGUGCCCGUCCCAUGUGUUGUGAACAGGGGCUCACUGGUAAAUGAAAUCUCUGUUACAUAGAGGCCGCCAUUUUGAUCUAUGGUGCUAUGUGCAGGAAUGGUGGGCACUUCUGAUGUGAUGUUAGUACAUAACAGUUUAUACUUAUCUCUAUAGCACUGACAAUAAUUGUUAGUUUUGAAGCGGCGUUGAGUCUAGAGCUGGCUGUUGUUGUGGGGUCAGACUGGAGCGCACCCAGGCAUACCAAAGCUCCUGUUGUGAAUCAUCUUGUCUCAUUCAUGUCCUUGCAAAUGCUAUCAUAAUGUUUACUCAUUCGUACUUACUCAUUUAAGUUAUGCAGCUCUUACAUGGAUAGUAAUUCAGCAUGUUUUUGAGUGCAAGAGUUAUAAAAGAUACGUAAAGGUACUUUGUGUCAUGGAUCAGUUUUCCUCUAAACAUUUCCACCAAUUUGAUACAUUACUCUAUUUUUUGAUGCAAAAUAUAACGGCUGUACUUUCCAUAUCUAUAAAAGUGGCCAAUUUUGGCAUUAUCAAAAAGACAAUUUUUGAGAAUAAUUCAAAUGUUAGAAUAGUGUUGCUCACAUAUGCAUUUGUUUACAUUUUCAUAGUCAUACUAUUUUUUCCUGCAGUUGUUCGUGAUCCGUUUUAAAGUAACUUAUCUUUUUUAGAAUUUUGUAUCCAUGUAUCAAAAAUGCAGAGUAUUUUUGUAAAACUAAACUUUUUGGUUUAUGCUCAUAGCACAGAAUAUAUCAUUGCUGGUAUGUUUUCCUGAAAUGAAGCGCAGGUUUAUUGUGAAGUGUGUGACUGAUAUUAGUAAUGUAAUUAAGUGGACAUCAAGCAAAUAUGUUGGAACUUAAUUAUACUGUUUAUAAAAAUGACUUUACCCAACCUGUAUAACAUAAUACAUGGGCUAGGUUUUUCUUGUGUGUGUUUGUUUUUUAUGUCAUGCAUCUCAAAUGGCACUUUGACUCAUCCAUUAACUGUAGAUCAGGUUAGAGCGCAGUAGUGAUGUUUCCAAGCAUUCCAGUCCUCUUGGGGAGUUUAAGAGCACAUGAUGUUGCGGAAGAAGUGCGGAAAAGUAAUGCCUCUUAAAGCCAUACCAACACAGAAAGCCAACCUGUGACUUCAGUUUCAUGAAUGUACAUUUUACCUCAUGGUGUGGACAUAGAGCUUGCUCUACUUCUAACAUCGGACCAAUUACAGUUUUAAAGAACAUAUAUUUUGAGGGUGGGGGUGGCACCAACUGUCAUUUGUAUCACCGUACAUUUUGUCAGAUUGUUUAGUCUUGGAUUGUGGUGUAAUUUCAUGUUUUUUCACGUCCAGUUUCAUUUUGAGCAAUCCAGGAUGCUCAGUCUGACUCUUCGAAUAGCCACGUCCACCUGAAAAAAACCAUGUGAAACAUUAAUUUAAAAGGUGGUGAAGAUAGCACACAAAUCUUUACAAAAUAUCAGUUUUGUCCUUCAGUCAUGUAAUGAAUAUCCAUGUAUAUUUAAAUGUAAAAUAUACUGCAGGGGUAUCUUGAAUUUCAAUUGUGAUGCUUUCAACAGAACUUUGUGUGCCUUGAUAACUUAACUGUUACUCUGCUGUGUUUACUGGUGUCCCUUUCGUGUCAUAGCUAUUUGGCUCCUUGUCCUUUUUAUUCUCUAGGACUGUUGAACAUCAAGACACCUUUUUGUGAUUGAGUCUUUAUUUCUAAACACAAGCAUUACCAUAGCCCAUACAGAUAUAUUUUAUUUGUACAACAUCGUGCAGCUUCACCAGUGAAUUGUCAACUUGUUACUUUCUGUUGAAAAUGUUUUUCAUGCCUCAUGAGAUUUGUACAUGUGAGGUAAAAGGGACGAGACCGUGGAGAUUGUUUUAUGGAGAGCUAUCUUGUGUUGAUGUGCUUGUCAACAUUACUAUUGUUGCUGUGAACUGCUUGAUCAAAAGGAGCAACCAUGAUAAAUUAACUGUUAAUUGCCAAUAGUGUGAGCUGUAUCUUGUGUGUACUCAGUUAGCUCACUUUUCCUAGUUCGCUUUCUAUUUCACAUUCUCCAACAGUUUUGUUGUAUCCGUUCUGUGUAGCUUGAGCUUUAGUAUCUAGCCUUAAGACCCCGCAGUCGGGAUAAAGGUCAACCCCAGUGUGUUAUCAUACAUCUGAACUAUUAUUAACAUGUAAUUUGCCUUGGUCUGGACAUUUGUAUACUCUUCUGUUUAUAUCUGUAAUCCUGCUGCUACAUUAAAAGAAUUAAUAAAAAUUAAAACGUA